CAGAAAUAGUCCAACAAUAAGUAGUGUAUUUAACUAGUAAAUAAAGGAGGAAAAAGGAGAUUUUGUAGUUUCGUGAAAAAUGACUCAUCCCGGCCUAGCAGUAAUGCUGGUGGUAGGAGUAGGCCUAGGAGCUGUUUUAUAUUAUUUUUUUGCAAGCACGCCACAUGAACAAAAUCAGCAAAACAAUCGCCAAAGAAAUAGACAACAUAGUUAUGACUGGGCGCAACAGUCGAAUGAAUCACGUAACAGGAGACAAGAUGAAAAAUCUUGCAUGAUAUGUCUAGAAGACACAAAUAAAGAUGAUGCAGUUCGAUUAGUUCCAUGCAAGCACGCCUUCCACAAGACCUGCAUUGAACAGUGGAGAGUUACUGGAGCUGGGCAAGCACGCAAUCGUUGCCCAAUAUGCAGAGAUAUGAUCGUGGGCUUAGAAGAGUUGUGAUAAAUGUUUAAAAUACUCGUGAUUAAAAAUGACGACUAAUUUUUUUACGUUUAUUAUUGCUAAUUUCGAAUUUUAUUAUUAAUUCAUCUCAUUUCACAAACACUCACUUAUCGUUAGUACUCGUGUAAAGGUUUGCAUACUUUUGCCUUGUACAUGACAUUUUGCUAUCCUUAAGUAUAAAAAAUACCAUUCAAUAACAUACUGGUUAAAUUUUUGGUUUUGCAAUAAUAACAAUAAUACUUAUUUCAUAAUAUCAACGAUAUUAAUUGUUAAAGCAAUAGUAUAUCUACGUAUUGUAAUUAUUUGACAGCCUUAGACAAUACUUGUACUUGACAAUUUUUUGAAAUGUGCACUUACUGAUUUAUACGCUGGUAGAUGGAUCUUUAAUAUCAUCGAGGCUACUUGUAGAAAACUUUGUGAUAUUUAUAUUGUUUGUUCUUUUGUAAGGCUAUGCGGAUCGAUUUGAAAAAUCGCAAAAAAUUAUAGAAUAUUGUCUAAUGUGGGUAGCGAAAUCUUGUAUAAGAAUCAUUAAAAAACUUUUUGCAACUGAUAAUUUAAUGAUGGGCUCUUAUAGUUUUGAACAAAGUCCGUCUAAAGUAGUAAACUCCAAACAAACUAAAGGCUAUGUUGAAUUCAUUGUCUUCUCUUUAUUAGCGUAUUGUUUUUUUAUAGUACUUGAAUAUUGUGAAUCGCAAUAAACAUUGUGUAUUUGCUUGCUUUUUCAUAUUAAGAAUGUUUACAAGAUAUAAACGUCACAGAAUUUUUUUAUACGUAAACAGCAAGACUACAAUUUUUACGAAAAUUUGUUGUACGAUGCUGCUCAAACUGUAUUUAACGAAAAAAAAAACACAAUUAAAUAUUCACUUGUAUCUCAAAAUUUCGACCAAACUAAAUUGAGGUUUCCGUUAAAUUAUCAAUUUAAUGAGCAAAAAUAAAUAAUGAGAAACCCAACAUUAGCGAAUAAAAUGUGAAAUUCAAAACUGCCUUAUCGAUAUGAACAGUCACGUUCUUGUUUCAAUUUUGAUUGGUGCUUAAUUAGGCAUUAUGUCGUUUACAA